AUGGAACACCGCGUCGGCGCCGUCGUGACGAGGCUCUGUCUGACACACCGCUGGUCAGCCGGUUGGUGGUGGAAUGUCGCAUCGGCAUCGUCAAGACGAGGCUCCGCCUGGUACGCCGUUGAUCAGCCGGUGGGAUGGAUCUCCGAAUUGGCACCGUCGACACGCGCCCAUCUGGUGCCCCGUAGGAGACCGCAGGCUUGCGGCAAUGCCGUAAGCCAUUGGCAAAUUCGAGUCGUUCUUACACUGCCAAAAAAACUCGUGGCCCACAGUGGAGUUUGGCCGCGCCGGCACAUCAAGCAAGCCCUAUUCAGGGGUCAGGGCACUGCUUCCUUCGGAGGGGGCCUGGAAAAGCUGGCCUAAAAAUUGCUGGGGAACCACGUCGUCUGCUGUCGCACCGUGGUCGCAGACGCAAAACUCACGGUCGAAACAAUCAAACUCGAAACAACAACAACAACCAUACUCAUUCUCCUCAUCCUACCUCUUCUACCUCUACCUCCGUCUAUUCUUCUGCCUAUUUUCCUCCUUCGUCAUCUUCUUCUCCACCUCCUUCCCGUCGCCCCACUCGUUUUCCCCAGGCUGACAGGGUGUGCCCGCUCACUCUGGCUGCCUGGAAUGUUCGUUCCCUUUUAGGCAAUCCGAGGAGCAACCGACCGGAACGAAGGACGGCGCUAGUGGCACGGGAACUGGCGCGCUACAAGGUGGACAUCGCCGCACUCAGCGAGACCCGAUUCUCCGAACAAGGCCAACUGGAGGAGGUGGGUGCCGGCUACACCUUCUUCUGGAGUGGUCGACCCAGGACAGAGCGACGAGACGCGGGCGUCGCCUUCGCCAUCCGGACCGACAUCGUGGGACGACUGUCCUGUUUGCCGCAGGGAAUCAGCGAUCGCCUGAUGAGCCUCCGUCUGCCCCUCCGGCGAGGAGGCAAGUUCGCCACCAUCAUCAGCGCCUACGCUCCCUCGAUGACCAACCCCGACGCCGCGGCAAGAGACAAAUUCUACGAGGACUUGCACGCCCUCUUGGCGACUGUGUCGAAGGCGGACAAGUUGAUUGUCCUUGGCGACUUCAACGUCCGCGUCGGCACAGACCAUACUGCCUGGAGGGGAGGGCUGGGUCCUCACGGUCUCCGCGGCUCCAACGACAACGGCCUGCUUCUCCUCCGCACCUGCGCAGAACACCGCCUCACCCUGGUGAAUACCUUCUUCUGUCUGCCGGAGCGAGAGAAGGCCACCUGGAGGCAUCCCCGGUCGCGCCAAUGGCACCUGCUGGACUACGUCCUCGUCCGGAGGCGAGAUCAGCGGGACGUGCAUGUGACGAAGGCGAUCGCGGGUGCUGACGGGUGGACCGACCAUCGCCUCGUCAUCUCGAAGAUGCGUAUUCGCCUACAGCCUCGCAGGAGACCACAAGGUAAGCGACCCCCAGGUAAGCUAAAUGUUGCUUUGUUGUCUUUGCCUGCUCACCGUCUCCAUUUCAGCAAUGAGCUAGCUCAACGGCUAGACAACCUUCCUAUCGCUUCCGCCGCCGACGAGGCCGCCGCCGCUGCCGAGAACGCCUCCGUGGAGAACCGCUGGUGUCAACUGCGAGACACGGUCCAGUCGACGGCGCUCGCCGUCCUCGGUCGCGCUCCCCGCCAAUACCAGGACUGGUUCGACGACAACGAUGCCGCCAUCAGAAAUCUGCUUGCUGAGAAGAACCGCCUACACAAAGCCUACGUAGAUCACCCCACUGAGGACAACAAAACUGCCUUCUACCGCAGUCGCCAACAGCUUCAGCAACGACUGCGCGAGAUGCAGGACGCCUGGACUGCUCGCAAAGCUGAGGAGAUCCAAUGCUACGCGGACCGCAACGAAUGGAAGAACUUCUUCUCCGCGAUCAAAGCUGUCUACGGUCCGCCGACGAAGGGCACUGCUCCUCUCCUCAGCGCCGACGGCAACACUCUCCUGACUGAGAAGACGCAAAUCCUGCAGCGAUGGGCCGAGCAUUUUCGAGGCGUCCUCAACCGCCCUUCCGUCAUCUCUGACGCCGCCAUCGCCCGCUUACCGCAAGUGGAGACCAACGCGGACCUCGACCUCCCGCCAUCUCUCCAGGAGACCAUCAGGGCCGUGUAG